AGAAGGGAACAGUGAGACUGUGAGAUCAAAAGUGAAUUGAAGAGAGAGAGAGAGAGAGAGAGAGAGAGAGAGAGAUGGAGAUUGGGUUCUUGGGUCUAGGGAUAAUGGGGAAGGCUAUGUCCAUUAACCUGCUACGCCAUGGCUUCAAGGUCACUGUUUGGAACAGGACUCUUUCGAAGUGUGAUGAACUUGUGAAACAUGGAGCUUCAGUUGGAGAAACCCCUGCAGCUGUAGUCAAGAAAUGCAAGUAUACAAUUGCAAUGUUAUCUGAUCCUCCAGCUGCUUUAUCGGUUGUUUUUGAUAAAGAUGGUGUUCUGGAGCAAGCUAAUGGAAAAGGUUAUAUUGACAUGUCAACUGUUGAUGCUGAUACAUCUUCCAAGAUAUCUGAGGCAAUCAAAGCAAAAGGUGGUUACUUCCUUGAAGCUCCUGUUUCAGGUAGCAAGAAGCCUGCAGAAGAUGGCCAACUAGUAAUACUUGCUGCUGGGGAUAAGGCAUUGUAUGAGGAAGCACUUCCAGCAUUUGAUGUACUGGGGAAGAAGUCUUUCUUUCUGGGUGAGGUUGGAAACGGUGCAAAAAUGAAACUUGUGGUUAACAUGAUUAUGGGCAGUAUGAUGAAUGCUUUCUCUGAGGGACUCACACUAGCUGGAAGAAGUGGUUUGAGCCCUGAAACUCUUCUUGAAGUGCUGGAUCUUGCUGCCAUAAGUAACGCAAUGUUUAGAUUGAAAGGACCUACAAUGCUCCAAAACAAUUACUCCCCAGCUUUUCCACUGAAACAUCAGCAGAAGGACAUGAGAUUGGCUCUUGCCCUUGGAGAUGAUAAUGCUGUAUCAAUGCCUGUAGCAGCUGCAGCAAAUGAGGCUUUCAAGAAAGCCAGAAGCUUGGGGUUGGGAGACCUUGAUUUUUCGGCAGUCCAUGAGACUUUAAAAGCUCUUGAUCAUUCGUCUUGACGGGAUAACUUUCUGGAUUGAUUGAACCACUGUUAUGUUCAACAACAGUGUGAUAUGAACCAUCUAUUUAUGAAAUAGCUGUUUGAGCAUAGGUCAUUACUAUAGAAUUUUAUUUGAAUGAAUGAACCUUAGAUUUUUACUGCCUUCUUAGCAAUAUGAAAUUGUAAUAUGCACGGACAUGGGUUUAGUCAACUUGUUGCAGUUGAUGGUGUUGGCCAUCUGUUGGUUUGAGUAGAUUGCAUGUGUAUUUUAUGGAGCUUUAUCUGGUAUUCAUCUAUAUUUUUGGUGCAAUCUAUAGUUUAUAGGCUUAA